GUAUUGGUCGCGCGACUUUCCGGGACGGUGACAGUAGCCGGCGGAGUUGGCGCCAAGGUGGUGAACAAAGAGCCAUCUACCUUUCUCUAGUUAGCUAAUACUUCCCUACACUGGGGCUGACGGCGUUUCGUCAUGGCUGAUAAAGAAGCAGCGUUUGACGAUGCGGUGGAGGAGAGGGUGAUAAACGAGGAGUACAAGAUCUGGAAGAAGAACACCCCUUUCCUGUACGACCUGGUGAUGACCCAUGCGCUCGAGUGGCCCAGUCUCACGGCGCAGUGGCUCCCUGACGUCACCAGACCUGAGGGGAAGGAUUACAGUGUGCACCGGCUGGUGCUGGGCACACACACCUCCGACGAGCAGAACCACCUGGUCAUCGCCAGCGUGCAGCUGCCCAACGAUGAUGCCCAGUUUGACGCCUCCCACUACGACAGCGAGAAAGGAGAGUUUGGUGGCUUUGGCUCCGUGAGCGGAAAGAUCGAGAUCGAGAUCAAGAUCAACCACGAGGGGGAGGUGAACCGAGCACGCUACAUGCCUCAGAACCCCUGCAUCAUCGCCACCAAGACCCCCACCAGCGACGUGCUGGUGUUCGACUACACCAAGCACCCCUCGAAACCAGAUCCCUCUGGAGAGUGCACCCCAGAUCUGCGUUUGAGGGGACACCAGAAGGAGGGCUACGGCCUGUCCUGGAACCCCAACCUGAGCGGCUGCCUCCUCAGCGCCUCGGACGACCACACCAUCUGCCUGUGGGACAUCAGCACGGUGCCCAAGGAGGGGAAGGUGGUGGAUGCCAAGACCAUCUUCACGGGACACACGGCCGUGGUGGAGGACGUCUCCUGGCACCUGCUUCAUGAGUCUCUCUUCGGAUCAGUGGCCGACGACCAGAAGCUCAUGAUCUGGGACACUCGGUCCAACAACACCUCCAAGCCCAGCCACGCAGUGGACGCCCACACGGCCGAGGUCAACUGCCUGUCCUUCAACCCCUACAGCGAGUUCAUCCUGGCCACGGGCUCAGCCGACAAGACUGUGGCCCUGUGGGACCUGAGGAACCUAAAACUCAAACUGCAUUCCUUUGAGUCCCACAAAGAUGAGAUCUUCCAGGUGCAAUGGUCACCCCAUAAUGAAACCAUCCUGGCCUCCAGCGGCACAGAUAGGCGGCUCAACGUAUGGGACCUCAGUAAAAUCGGUGAGGAGCAGUCUCCAGAGGAUGCAGAGGAUGGCCCUCCUGAGCUGCUGUUCAUCCACGGCGGGCACACGGCUAAGAUCUCCGACUUCUCCUGGAACCCCAACGAGCCGUGGGUCAUCUGCUCCGUCUCAGAGGACAACAUCAUGCAAGUGUGGCAGAUGGCAGAAAACAUCUACAAUGACGAGGACCCCGAGGGAGCGACGGACACCGAAGUCCAGGGCUGAAGAGCUGGCCAACCCCAACCCCCCCUCCUUGCCGCCGCCCCUUUCGAACAUCACUGCACCAUCUGUAGUGCUUCGUACCCCAUACACUCAGUGGCACAAAGUCAAUGCAUUCCCACCCACAGCAAUGACGGAGGGACCGAGGCGUGUGCAUUCACAGCAUAAAAGACUCAAUUUAUUUGGUAGCGACGUCCCUCCAACACUUUUCUACUAGAAUAUAAAAAGGUAUUUUUUUAAAAACAGGCUGAUCUGCGCCUGCUGUUUUCGAAAGAGUUGAAACGCUUGUACAUGCUAUUAAUAGAGACCAGUUUAAGCUCCUUCCUCCGAUGGCUGAGUGAUAUUUAAGCUCCAUUGGUAAUUAAGGAUGAAUGCAUUUCUUUGCUCGUUAGAGCAAGCUGAUCCCAGUGUUAACAGAUGAAAUCGAGCUAGUUUUUCUGGGUGUGCCAUUGAAGGACAAGUAGCCCGCAUAUUGGUGUGGUCAUUUUCCAUAGACUUAAUAGGAAGGAAUAUUUAAACAUACAAAUGCAAAAGCAGUGUUUGCCAAGUUACUGAUAAGCAGAGAAUCCCCUUUCUAUUGCGAGUGCGUUAGCAGAGAUGAGACGGCUGUUUAAACCUGUCCUUCCCUGCUCUCUGCUGCCCUUGUGAUUGAAACCAGGGUUUUAAAUUUCCAAGAGUCACGAUUAAUAAACAGUCUCCUCCAGUACUAUUUGUAUGCUUUUUUUUUUUUGGUUGGUUUUUUUAAUAUUGUGAUAUUCAUGUUUGAAUUUUCUGUGUUUUUGUCUCCCGUUACCUUCCAAACCAGUUGUAUAAAAUGCAUUCGAAUAAUAAAGUGUUUUUUUUUUUUUUUUCUAUCGACAUCCAGUGGUGUGCUUUAUUGACCGUAGCGCGGUAUGUUGUCCCCUGGGUGGGAUGCCCCACAGUGAAGGCUUGUUAAAGCAGCUGAAGCUAUUUUGCCUUUUCGAGUUCUUAAGGAGAAGAAAAAAUGG